CAGUUAAUCCGGUGAAGGCGCCUUAAUUCCUGUUAUAAUUGUUUUUAUUUAAAAAGAAAUAAAUAUAUAAAUAAAUUUUGAAUCCUAGCGGAUUAAAAAUGUUGACAUAUUUGCUGUUAUUUGCUUGCAUAUCUCUGUACAUAUACGCUUCAUACAAAUAUGUUGUUUCGAAACCAGAAGGAUUUCCUCCAGCGAUUCCCCGAAUACCUUUCUUUGGCAGUUAUUUGUUUAUGAUGAUGGUAAAUUUUCGUUAUUUGCACAAAGCCGUUUUCAAAUUUUCUAAGUGGAUUAAAUCAGAAAUAAUUGGUUUACACAUGGGUAUAUAUCCCAUGGUAGUGGUACACAAUCCCACAACCAUACGUGAAGUAUUAAAUCGUCCUGAAUUCGAUGGUCGGCCUGCAUUAUAUGUGGCAAAAAUGCGUGAGCCCAAUGAAAAUAUUGCAGGAAUUUUCUUUAAAGAUGGUCCAGCAUGGGAAGAGCAACGGCGUUUCAUUUUACGUUAUUUAAGAGAUUUUGGAUUUGGCCGUCGCUUCCAACAGUUGGAGGCAGUUAUACACGAAGAAUUAACAGAUAUGCUUGACUUAAUACGCAACGGACCAAAAUUUGAUCAUGAAAGAGAAUUCGUUAAAGAAGGUGGCUAUCGUAUCCUAAUGCCGUAUUUGUUUAAUCCCUUCUCGGCCAAUAGCGUUUAUCAUAUAAUUUUCAACGAAAGAUAUCCACGGGUUGAACAGGCCGAUCUUUGGAAAUUAAUUCGUUUGGGUGUACAAUUUCAACGGAAAAGUGAUGAUUAUGGAAAAAUGUUGAGUAUAAUGUCAUGGGUCCGUCACAUAUUUCCCAAUUGGAGUUCAUAUAACAAACUAAUGGAAUCGAAUCGUUAUAUGUAUGGUUUCUAUGAAAAAUUAGUUGAUCAUUAUAUUGAGACGUAUGAUGAAUCGGCGGAAAGGAAUUUUGUCGAUUUAUAUAUCAAGGAAAUGAAACGGGCCGAAGAGGAGGGUAGAACUGAUACUACAUCAUUUGAACAUAAUCAAUUUAUAUUGGGUCUAGUGGAUUUUACAUUUCCUGCAUUUACCGCAAUCGGUAUGACAAUGGGAUUUUUUGUGCAAUAUAUGUUGCUCUAUCCAGAAGUGCAGAAGAAAAUCCAAAAAGAAAUUGAUAAUGUCGUUGGCUCUGGACGAUUGCCGACUUUAGAUGAUCGUAAAGAUUUAUCUUAUACCGAAGCAUCUAUUCGAGAAAUUAUGAGAAUUGAAACGCUCGUACCAUCGAAUGUUCCACACCGGGCUAAAGUCGAUACGGAACUAAUGGGAUACAUUGUGCCAAAGGAUACUUUCGUCAUGACAAGUUUGUAUGCCUUACAUAAAGAUGAACGUGUAUGGGGCGACCCGGAAAAUUUUCGUCCCGAAAGAUUUUUAGACGACAGUGGAAAAUUGUGCCUUAAGAAAGAUGCCUCGUUGCCAUUUGGAGCAGGCAAACGUUUAUGUGCUGGUGAAACAUUUGCCCGUAACAUGCUAUUCUUGAUGACCGCAACAAUAUUACAAAAUUUCAGCUUUGUAUUGGGUCCAAAUGAUAAACUACCCGAUUUGCGAACAAAUCUUAGUGGUUUGUCGACCUCGCCCAGAGAUUUUUGGGUUCAAUUGGAAGAUAGGAUGUAAAAUAUGAGCAAAGCAGUUCUAAGUUUUAGGGGUAUUUAUUCGAGUAAAUAUUAUGAAGUUAAUGAACCUUAUAUAUUUAUGAAAGUAAUGUUUUGUUUUUAUUAAGUUUAAUCAUUUUUCAAUUUCAAUUGAAUAAAUAUUUUUUAAAAAAAUCA